GCACGGUGAUCGGCAUUGCGCUGUGUCCAUCGGACACAGCGGAUCACCGAUCACGGAAAGAGCUGAAGAUGUCAAGUGAUCAGCUGUGUCCAAUCACAGCUGAUCACAUGGGACAUGUACACUGAUCAUCAGGGCACUGAUGAUCAGUGUGCCCUGAUGAUCAGUGUAGCCCCAGCAGUGCCUCAUGCCAGUGCCUCAUGCCAUGCCUCAUGCCAGUGCCCAUCAGUGCCACAUCAGUGCCUACCAGUGCACAUCAAUGCCACAUAUCAGUGCCCAUCUGAGCUGCCUUUCAGUGCCACCUAUCAAUGCCAAUCAGUGCCACCUAUCAGUGCUGCCAAUCAGUGCCAGUCAGUGCCGCCUAUCAGUGCCAGUCAGUGCCGCCUAUCAGUGCUAGUCAUUGCUGCCUAUCAG